UAAAGCGUCAGUAGCACUACUUCCUGAGUUUAGGGAAGGGGCUUGGUCCCGUGCCUGCGCCCCGCGAACGCGCAUCAAAUUAGCAUCGAUGAAGUUUAUGCGAACAUGGCGGAUUUCCUGCCGACCAGGUCCGUGUUAAAAGUUUGUCUACCUGUAUGCCUGCUCAACAGCGGCGAGGUGGAACAGCUCCGAAAGUCCAAGGAGAUCGACAGAUGUCUCUCCCGGGAGAAACCGUAUGUGAAACGGCUGGUGAAGAUCCUGCUGCUAGGCGCUGGCGAGAGCGGCAAGUCGACUUUCCUCAAACAAAUGCGGAUCAUCCACGGCCAGGACUUCGACCAGCAAGCCCGAGAGGAGUUCAGAGCCACGAUUUACAGCAACGUUAUCAAAGGUGUACGUGUAUUGGUGGAUGCGCGGGAGAAGCUGCACAUCCCCUGGGGCGACCCCGACAACCAGCAGUAUGGGGCCAGCCUGAUGGCGUUCGACACCCGGUCGGCUAUGAUGGCCAGGGGGCAGCUGGAGACGUCCAUCUUCUUGCAGUACCUGCCCGCCAUCAAAGCUCUGUGGACAGAUUCGGGUAUACAGAAUGCCUACGAUCGUCGCAGGGAGUUUCAGCUGGGUGAGUCAGUGAAGUAUUUCUUGGAUAAUCUGGAUAAGCUUGGCGCUCUGAAUUAUCUGCCCAGUCAACAGGACAUCCUCCUGGCCCGUAAACCCACCAAAGGUAUCCAUGAAUAUGACUUUGAAAUCAAGAAUGUUCCCUUCAAGAUGGUGGACGUGGGAGGGCAGCGGUCAGAGCGAAGACGCUGGUUCGAGUGCUUCGAUUCUGUCACUUCCAUCCUCUUCCUUGUCUCCUCCUCUGAAUAUGAUCAGGUGCUGAUGGAGGACAGGCAAACUAAUCGACUCCGUGAAUCGCUCAACAUCUUUGAGACCAUCGUCAACAACCGCGUCUUUGUCAAUGUUUCGAUCAUCCUCUUCCUCAACAAGACGGACCUACUGGAGGAGAAGGUGACGAGCGUUCCGCUCAAGGACUACUUCCCUGACUACACCGGGCCGGAGUACAGCCUGCCGGACAUCCAGGCGUUCAUGGUGGAGUGCUUCCGGGCCAAGAGACGUGACGGCACCCAGAAGCCCCUGUACCACCACUUCACCACAGCCAUCAACACGGAGAACAUCAGGCUGGUGUUCCGGGACGUCAAGGACACCAUCCUCCAUGACAACCUCAAACAGCUCAUGCUCCAAUGACCCCUGUCAACCUGUGAAAGUAGAGGAACUGAAUGGGGAAAAACCUCCCCCUCGCUCCUGAAAAGGACUUGGGAGAGACCAGCCUCAGAAGAAUCCGAUAGACGUCAGCAUUCUUCUUCAGCCGUUUUUAUAUUAGUUUUUAUGCUCCUCUUUUGAAGAGUUGGCUUUCUUGUUAGUUCAGGGUUUGGUAGGGGAAUGAGUCAGUAGGGACAAAACAAAAAAAGUCGAGCAGGCAGUUUGGAGGUUGGAUGACAUCUGAUCACUGCUGCUUUGUUUUGAGACUUAUCUCCUCUGGCCUGAGCCCUGCCUUACAGCACAAGACUCGCUGGGGCUUUUCAACUCACAAGGUGCCUGUGCUGGAACCAGUGCCAGUGCCUGGCUGUGGAAACCAGCAAAACAUUUUACAAACCGGUCGUAUGGUUUUUUUUAACCAGAUGUACAACUUGCUUAGCAACAAACACAGGAAAUAACCAUGGUGAAAUAAGUACUUUGUUGAAGCAACAAUGUAAGCAAAUAACAGAGUUAGAUGGUCAAAAUGUACCAAGAUUAUCUGUGCCAGAGUUGAUUUGCCAGUCUGUGUCCAAGCACUGAAUUCAUGUAGUCUUAAAUCACUCCAUUAUUUCAGUUGCACUCUCCAGUGCUGCUUUGUGAACAUUGUUUCUAAUCCCCUGUAGGUUAUAGAGGGUUGUUGAUGAUCUGGAGACUGCACAACUAUCCUUCUUUUUUUUUUUUUUUUUUCCCUCUCAUAUGGCACCACCAUUCCUCCCUCUUCCCGUCCCAGUUAUCUGUUUUUCUUGGUUCAACAUUAGCAGGUCCGGAGUGCCGGCAUGGAGCCAGUUUUGCCGGGACAAGGACUAGUUUGUUGGUCGUGAAAACACUCAGAACGGUUAAGGAUUCGAUAUGGAAACUGGCUCCAGCACUGGCACCUUGUCUGUCGAAAACUGCUAGAAAAAUGUAAGACUGAACCUACAAUGCCUUUCCACAUAAUGUCUUAUAGACAAAUAACUGUUUGAAUCCUGCAUUUGUGGCUAUGUCGCUACAGAAAUAAAGUCUUAGCUUCCUUGAAAAGAUAAUUAAGAUGCAAUUUGACCUUGAUUUUUGGUCGUUUCGAGGGUAAAAUUACCUUCAAUUGGCACAUUAGGCAGGUGUGCCAGCAAGUGAACAUGCAGUCCACUGUUUUCUCAGGGUUGAAUCAAAACCGGCGUUAAUGCUGAUGUCGUUGUUGAACUAACUGAAUAAUCUAAUCUUUAUCUAGGUGGCAGAACGGUGAGACUCAGCCAGGCCUCAGUACAGUUAGCCGGGUGGUGUUUGGUACUGUAUCCUCCUGGCUUUGACCCCUGAUCGUUGGCCCAAAGUCCCCCCUCCCCCUUUGUUUUCAUCUCUGAUUAGAUGCCUUGUAAAGGGACAAGCCUCCCCUCUUUGCCUGAAUGAUGAAUGUCUGUUAAUAGAUGUACAGAGAUUUGUUCUAGAUCGUCUGAAUAUACUGUAACCAACACUGCUAUGGUAAAAUGUAACCAGUCGUGAGAAUUUCUUUAUUGGCACCGACUUGUCACUCCGGGUGUCUCUGAAAAACUUUUUUUUCUACAUGCAAUCUUGUGCUGUUUAGGACUUCCCUUUUUAAAAUGCAUUUUGAAAAUGUAGAAAAAAAUACAGCCCAAAAAAAAAAGAAAAGCUAAUGGAGUUGAAUACUUUUGUCAGCGACUGUAUUCUGUAGGGGGCCAAUCUUUGUUAGAGGACAACUUCCAGGCACUGUUAAAAUCUGUUUCUCUGCCAACUCACCCAAUGCUUUCUUUACUCUGUUCACAUCGACAGACUACUUUUUCUCCAAAAAUAAAGCUCCUGUUUGCUUACAGUCCUGGCUUUGUACAUAAUGUAAUCUGUUGCCAUGUAAAUAAUAUUCAGGCUUAUCUACUUAUAUGUAAAUGGUUGUAGAAAUGGCAUAUUUUUUUCCCCACUCUGAAUGUGUUUCAAAUCACUGCUUUUCCAAUGAAGAUGACUUUUUCAUGUAGAUGUGUUUUGUAACUUUUUCAUCGCCUUUUUUGAAAUUCAUUCCUGUGUCAAGUCUCAUGCCACUCUAACCCUCUCAA